AUGGGAAACGUCGGAAGCCGUCUGGAUGAGCCCGGGGCGUUGUAUUUCAAGGACCAGACCAGGUUUACGGUCGCGUCGGUGACGAUAACCAAUUCGAAGCACCGAGUUCUGUUGAGUCUAAUUCCCAAUUCAUACCCAGCCUCUCGAUACGCUGCCAAACGUGAUACUGGUGAUGACAGUCCGAUCGAAUACAUACAGGACCCCGACAUUUCCUCGUCCGCUUCGUCACCUACGUUUCUUUUACGCCUAUCGAACGAGGACGAAUUGAACUUCAGAUUUACCUUCAUACUAAGGCAAACUCAAACUGGCAAUGUCCCAAGUUCCACGGUUAAUGGCGUUUCAACUUCUUUGCCAGAAGUGGCCGAUACUGUGCUAACUGGGCUUACAUUUGCACAUGCGCCAAAUUCGAAGGAGUUGGACAACUUGAUUACUCGGGAAUUUCACGCCAACCCGAACUUACAGAAUAAUUCCAACGUGCAGUUUGUCGGGGAUUACUCGACCGGGGGCAACCCUUCCGUCCAAUUCGAUUGGUCCUGGAAAUGGAAACCCCCUAAAGCCGUGGAGGACAAAGGGGGUGGAUGGAGAAAUAGUUGCAGUUUUCUAGAUUAUGAUCAAAGAGCUAACCGGUUAAAUACCCUCGCUCAUUUCUCAUUCUGGGUCCAGAACUCGAUGCGUGCGCUACCGAGUCCGCAGAUUCCGUCACCCAACUUUGAACUUAUUGUUCCGCCCCGCAACCGUCUACCUUCCUCCCACUCUGUUCUCACUCAUUCCAGCGACGUGGAUGUGGUAGCCAAUCCUCAUAUCCCCCCAAGUACGCCCCCGGAGAUCAAUGAUGUUGUGCCCCCUCCACCUCAGGCUUCCGCGCCUCCACCUCCCGUUAAAGUCGAUCUUCCCCAUUCGCGCCCCGGUGAAGACAUGAGCGUGGUCGAAGAUGGCCCGUUGUUUCGGGCUACAAUGAAAGCAUUAGAACAGAAAACGGGGAAUAUGCGCGCAAAAAUUAAGAAAGUGCUCAAAAAGGCAGAGGCAGCUCACCAGGCCCAAACUACGUGCAAUGAAGCUGUGGAGGCCUUUAUCUCUGCCUUGAAUGAUGCGUCGACCUCCAACGCCAAUGCGAUUCAGCCUGCGCUUGACCACUAUUUUGAAAAGAUCGCGCGGCAGAUCCUUAAUUAUGAGCGUCUGAACACCAUCCAGCUUCAAAGGCUGGUCAUAGAACCAUUGGUGAAACUUUACAAUAAUGACAUUAAACAGGCUGAAGCGAAAAAGAAGGAGUUCGAAGAAGAAAGUAGGGAUUAUUAUGCCUAUGUUAGCCGUUAUCUUGGACAACGGCAGGAUUCUUUGAAGGAGAAAAAGCGAGCCGAAAGUGAUUCCAAGUACCAGGCGAAAAGACGGAACUUCGAGCUCAAGCGUUUCGAUUACUCCUCGUUCAUGCAGGAUCUCCAUGGUGGCCGUAAAGAGCAGGAGGUUCUCUCGCAUCUCACUAAGUUCGCCGACACGCAGGCAAAGAGCUUCCUUGCAGCUGCCAAAAAGAUUGAUGACAUGACCCCGCAAUUAGAUGCGCUAAUCCACGAAGUCAACCAGGCGGACAAAGAGUUCCAAUUUCAGAGAACAGAGAGGGAGGAGAAGCGGCGAGCCCUGGAAAAGAGCAGCAACACAUAUCUCGAGCCUGAUUCUUUAGCCUCGUCAAGCGCGCUACCAACUUUACCGAGCAAUGGGAAUGGGAAUCAGAAGUCAGAUAGCGAGCUGGGACGCGCAGAUAGCACAGGAUCUCAGCUGCGGAGUGUGAUCAGCAAUACGCCCUCACUCUCAGCACAGGCCAAUCCAGCUGGUAUAAAUUCUGCGGUUGGGGCUCCAACCGCUCCAUCCACCGGUACAAACGGUCAGCAAAGAAAGGAAGGCCUCCUCUGGGCAUUAUCCCGACCAGGGUCCCACAUCGACCCCAAAGGCAUAAACAAACAAGCAUGGCACAAAUUCUGGAUCGUACUGGACCAGGGGAAGCUCUCUGAAUACAGCAAUUGGAAACAGAAGCUGGAUUUACAUAUGGAUCCCAUUGAUCUCCGGAUGGCUUCCGUGCGCGAGGCUCGGAAUGCGGAGCGACGGUUCUGUUUUGAAGUUAUUACACCCCAGUACAAACGCAUUUACCAAGCAACUUCCGAGGAUGAUAUGAGCAACUGGAUCAGGGCGAUUAACAAUGCCUUGCAGAGCGCUGUUGAAGGUCGGGGCAUGUCUUCACAUCCCCUUUCGUCUGACAAGGAUGGUUCAUUGGUUGGUCGUGACAUCGGCUCCGUCUUAACUGGCAAAAGCUCCUCGUAUCUGGGACAGCAUUCCAACUCAACUGGUUCUAAUAACAACGUGACUCGCCGCACCACUGUUGGUGCUCGGCCGAGCUACGUACGUGAUGGUCACAGUUUCGAAGAAAACCCGUCCAGGCUGCUCCAGACAGUUCGUGAGGCCGACCAGGGCAAUAACUGGUGUGCAGAUUGUGGAUCUGCGUCCAAGGUUGAAUGGGUGUCUAUCAACCUAGGAAUUGUUUUAUGCAUCGAAUGUAGUGGCAUCCACAGGUCCCUUGGAACGCAUAUUUCUAAAAUUCGGUCCCUUACACUGGACGUGAAUUCUUUUUCCAAUGACAUUGUGGAGAUCCUUCUGCAGAUUGGUAACCGUGUCAGUAACAUGGUCUGGGAGGCAACUCUUGAUCAGUCUCAGAAGCCGAUAGCAGCAUCAACCCGAGAACAGCGGCUAAAAUUUAUCACUGCCAAGUAUAGCGAACGAGCUUAUAUCCAACAACUACCUUCCCCACUAUCACACUUCGCGACACCGGAUGAAACGCUGCUUGCUUCGAUCAAGAGAAAUGAUAUCCAGGGUGUCCUUUACGGGAUCGCUCUGCGUGCCAAUGUGAAUAUCACGGAUCGCUCCCGGAAUACCCAUGCGGUUUUCCUUGCUCUGGCUGCUGCGGAUCCUGCAUCCCCUGGAGCAACCUCAUCAAGUCUUCCGCCUAGGCCCAGUACUGCCGCCGCCGUGAAGGUUAUUCCUUUCCCAAUUGCCGAACUUCUCGUCCAAAAUGGAGCCGAGAUACCAUCUCAACCUCCUCCAAUCCCUCUUUCCUCUGCAGCUCAAUUGUACCUGAAUCAGCGGACUGCACGAGUGUCUGCAUUUGGCAUUCCGCCGGCCACACCGGCCGCUGGAAAACUCACUGGCGAUACCCUGGGGACCCUGCCGAGUCUUCGGGGAGGGGUGGGUGAUAGUUCAAUGCCACCAUCGCAAGGACCGAGUUCAUUGGACAGCAAAGAGCGUGAGAAGUUGCAUAAAAGGGGCAGCGCGGGCGCCAGGUUUGCUGGCAAGGUCGCCUCUUUGGGUAUCGAUCGAUAA